CUAGCAUAGGAAACUGUGUUGAUGGGACCGUGUUUGGAUGUUUUGUUGACGUUUCUAGCAACAGUGUUUGUUUUUGAGUGUGGGUAUUCUAUAUUUCCAUUACUGAUGUCAAAACGAUUAACAUAUAGUCGGUUAUGUUAUAACGGUUAAAUGGUCGGUCGGCAGGUCAUCCUAAGCGGAGACCUCGACGUCAAGUCGCCGUCGACGUUUAUACGUGGAUGGCGUCCCAAUCCUUGGCGGACACAAACGGUAGAGCUGGUUCUACAAAAUGGCGUCCAUUAUCUUAGCAUAUACGAGAAAAAUACCACGAAGUCGACGAAGUUUGAGGACUUCGAAUUGAAAGAUAUAACAGAGGUGACAAUGGUCCCAUCAAAAACCCACGCGCAUGCGUUUCACAUCGUUUCCGGAGGCGCUCCGAUCAUUGUGUUGUCAGGGGAAACAUCUAUGGUUAGCCGGAAGUGGAUCUGGGCAAUCCGGAAGGCUCUUUUUCCACGGGAGAAUAUAGCUGAAACUAAAAAACUAUUCCUUCGCCUUGUUCCGAAUGCGGACACCACGCGACUCAACCUAGCGCUAGGAAUCUACAUCGUGGAAGUAUCCGCGGUCGCCAUGGAGAUGACCUUCACCUCUGACGUGGACCGGGCAUGCACGCCCGUGGUGCCGUUCAGCGCCGUGGUCCCCACCCUCGGUCAAUUGAGGCUGCCCCUCACGACUCUGGGACGGGUGACGGAGCGGGGGAGCGACGAUAACGCGUUGGUUAUCGUGGAAACCAAUCCUGACAUCAGUGAACACGGGGCCUUGUCCUUAUAUUUCGCUACAACAGACGGCAGUCAUGAAUCCCGUUCUAAAGUCAUUUCCGUUUUCAAGAACGUUCUGUUCCAAGCUACAAACAAUCUUCACGACUGCAUUACAUAUUCUAACUGGGACUUUGACGACCAAUUGUAGAUGCUUAAUUUAUAGAAUUUUCUAUAACCUUAACUUUUCCUUGUCUUUCAGAACCUAUAUAUAUUCAUCAAAAUAAUUAUAGGAAUCCUGUCUUUAAAACACGUUAUAUGUGAUGGUCAGUUUUUUUUGUUAAGCUUGUUAUUUAUUCACAGUUAACUGCUAGAUGUCGUAAUUUUCAGAAGCGGAAAAUGAAAACAGAAAUUCGUGAUAAUGUAUGAGAUCAUGGUAAAGAGAUGCGUUCGAAACCAUGAAUUUUUAUUUUGCGUUAAAUUAAACGUCUUAUGUCAAAAUUUACUUAAGUAUAUAGUUACUAUCAUUUUUAGCUCAUCUAUUUUUUGAAAAAAAAAGAGCUAUUGUCAUCACCUUGGCGUCGGCGUCGGCGUCCUGUUAAGUUUUGCGUUUAAGUCCACUUUUCUCAGAAAGUAUCAAUGCUAUUGCAUUAAAACUUGGUACACUUACUUACUAUCAUGAGGGGAAUGGCAGGCAAAGUUAGAUAACUCUGGCGUGCAUUUUGACAGAAUUAUGUGCCCUUUUUAUACUUAGAAAAUUGAAAAUUUUGGUUAAGUUUUAGGUUUAGGUCCAUUUUAUUCCUUAAGUAUCAAAGCUAUUGCUUUCAUACUUGCAACACUUACUAACUAUCAUAAGGGGACUGUGCAGGCAAAGUAAUGUAACUCUGUCUGGCAUUUUGACAGAAUUAUGUUCUUUUUUUAUACUUAGAAAAUUGAAAAUUUGAUUAAGUUUUGUGUUUAGGUCCACUUUAUUCCUACAGUAUCAAAGCUAUUGCUUUCAUACUUGCAACACUUAUUACCUAUCAUAAGGGGACUGUGCAGGCAAAGUUAUGUAACUCUGACUGGCAUUUGGACGGAAUUAUGGGCCCUUUAUACUUAGAAAAUUGAAAAUUUUGUUACGUUUUGUGUUUUGGUCCACUUUACCCCUAAAGUAUCAUAGAUAUUGCUUUCAUACUUGGAACACUCGCAAACUAUCAUAAGGGUACAGUAAAAGGACAAGUUGCAUAACUCUGGUUGUCAUUUUUACGGAAUUAUGGCCCUUUUUUGACUUAGUAACUUUGAAUAUAUGGUUAAAUUUUGUGUUUCGAUCCACUUUACUUCUAAAGUAUCAAGGCUAUUGCUUUCAAACUUCAAAUACUUUCAUACUAACAUUAGGUUACUGUACCUGGCAAGUUGAAUUUUACCUUGACAUUUGAAUGACCUUGACUCUCAAGGUCAAAUUAUUAAAUUUUGCUAAAAAUGCCAUAACUUCUUUAUUUAUGAUUAGAUUUGAUUGAUACUUUGACAAAACUACUCUUACCUGAC